AUGGCGGAUGCACCAGUCGCAAAGAUAUCGAGACGUUCAACAAGAAUAUUCGUUGGAGAACAAGAAGCCAUGGAGCUAGGAAAUGCAGGAAUAGGCAUGGUUCCUCAUGACAACAAAUAUGGCACCACCCAGGACGAGAAAUCCAAGGAAAAGGACAAGCAGCACAGAGAAGGUAGAAGUUCUUCCCACCAGAGUCAUCUUCAGGCUUUAGGAGUACCAGUUGUCGAGUUUGGAAGAGAUCUUAGUCCAUUGUUCCCUUCUACAAGCGAAGCUAUCGCGACACAAGUAACUAAAUCACUUGCCGCUGCGAACGCUUUGGCCAAGGAGAAGCAAGAAGGUCGCCCUCUCAAUUUUGGUGUUAUUCUUCCACAUGCGAUUUAUCGUAGCAGCUUCCCUCAACAAGAGGAUUUUGAGUAUCUUAAGUCUCUCGGAUUGAAAUCUAUCGUCACACUCGUAAAGAAAGAAUACCCUCCUGGCUUUCUCGCGUUCGUCAAGGCCCAAGGCAUACGUCAUUUUGUCAUCGAAAUGCAAGGAACCAAAAAGGUUGAUAUCCCCGAGCAUACGAUGAACCAGAUCAUGAGAAUCUCUCUUGAUAAGGAGAACCAUCCAUUGUUGAUCCAUUGCAAUCAUGGAAAGCACCGUACCGGCUGCGCUGCUGCCAUUAUUCGUCACGUCUCAGGCUGGGGUGUACAAUCUAUUGUCGAAGAGUACAAAAGUUACGCCGAUCCAAAGGCCCGUGAUGUCGAUAUUAAAUACAUCACCGAGUAUCAGGUCUCGAGUCUCAGUGGUCUCUAUCACAACAACUCAGUCCAACCUUCCGUCGCUAAGUCCUCCAAGAUGGCUCGUAUCCUCGUUCUUACGGCAUUGCUUUUAUGGAUUUGUUUGACUUUGAUGAGAUUUUGGGAUCACUAG